CGGAACAGUCAGACAAAUCAGCCGGCUACGCAAAAUGGCAUCGCAGACAGUUGUUAGCAUCGAUAUUCAAGGCAAAUUGCCCAAAGUUGCCUCGGGCAAAGUCCGCGAUCUGUACGCAAUUGACGAUGAUAAACUGCUGUUCGUUGCGAGCGACCGCAUAUCGGCGUACGAUGUGAUCAUGGACAACGGUAUCCCAGGGAAAGGCGCCCUUUUAACAGCAAUGUCCAUCUACUGGUUCAACUAUCUCCCCACUCAAGUUCCAGGCCUGAAGACGCACUACAUCAGCAAUUCCCUACCACCAGCUCUCUCCUCGCUCCCAGAGCUCAAGGACCGCAGCAUGCAAGUCCACCGCCUGCGCAUCAUUCCAAUUGAAUCCAUCGUCAGGGGCUACAUCACGGGUUCCGGUUGGUCCGAGUACACCAAAUCUGGCACCGUCAAUGGCAUCUCGCUCCCCGCCGGACUGAUCGAAGGCCAGAAACUUCCCCAGCCGCUCUGGACGCCCAGCACAAAAGCCGAACUCGGCGGUAAAGAUGAGAACAUCAGCCCUGAAAAGGCUCGCGAACUCAUCGGUAACGGAGCUAUCGCAGCCAAAGUCGAAGAGCUGUCCCUCGCCAUCUACACCGCGGCAGCGGCACGCGCUGAAGCUGUUGGUAUCGUUCUCGCGGACACCAAGUUCGAGUUUGGGCUUGAUGCUGACAAUAAUGUCGUCUUGGUUGAUGAGGUUCUGACACCGGACAGCAGUCGCUUCUGGCCAAAGGACACGUGGGAGGAGAAUCUGGGAAGAGCGCAGCCGAGCUUCGACAAGCAGUUCUUGCGUGACUGGUUGACGGGACAGGGGUUGAAGGGCAAGGAGGGUGUGAAGGUGCCGGAGGAUGUGGUGAAGAAGACAGCGGAGAAAUAUCGAGAGGCGUAUGACAAGAUCACUGGAAAGACAACCUAAUGUAUGCGAAAAAGAUAGGGCGGAGAGGCGUGAGGUAGGCUCGGAACCUGCCACGUAGGUCACAAAAGUUAGCGGGCCGGAAACAGACUUGGGCAGAGAGAUGUUAUGGCCUAGGAGGUUGAUCAUAUCUAUUAGAACCUUUGUAAACUAAUGUCGUGCCAGCGUCCAGAAAACUUCAAAUCCCAACUAAAUACUCGUACAUUAAUAUCUAAAUUCUAAGUCCCGAGAAGAAUGCUCCAUGAUUGAUUCUGCUUCAACUC